GUAAACUUUAAUCUGUCAUGUAAAAAAGGGGGAAAUGAAAGGUGUUGUGGCAUUACUGCAUUUGUGAUUCUUAAGUCAUCAGUUUCCUGCAUUGACUGUGUUCCACUCGAACAAUGCAUCUGACUCAUCGUUUAGCAUUUCAAGGUAUUACCACAAUGCCCCAUUCUGCAAUGUUGAAAUCUGGACCAGGUCUCUAUGAAUUUUUGAUUGAAGCUGAGUUACAACAAUAUUAUAGUACCAUAAAAAAUGAUUUAAAGGUGAAUAACAUACAUCAGCUUAAGUAUGCUACCGAUGAAGAUUUUUUGCAAGUUGGUCUGUCAAGACCAGAAGUCCGGAGACUCAGGAAGAUAUUUCACAAGCACUGUCCACAAAACUAUCUUUACAAAUUCAAAAAUAUUAUUAAGCCCAAGAAGGAAGAUGGAGCUGCUAUGGCUAUCCUCCUUCCAGAUGAUGGCAGUAAAGAUAGAUCAUAUCAGCUGAAAGUGCCUAGCAAACAUAUAAUUCCUGCAGAGGCUAUUAUUGUUAAUAAGGAGCUUGGGGUAGGAGAAUUUGGCAUUGUCCAACAGGGAGUUUGGACUAAUGAAGAUGGAGAAAGGAUACAAGUAGCAAUCAAAUGCCUUAGUAAAGAGCGCAUGCAGAACAAUCCUAUGGAGUUCCUCAAAGAAGCAGCUAUUAUGCACACCAUUGACCAUGAACAUAUUGUUCGCCUUUACGGUGUUGUUUUGGAUACGAAUUCCCUAAUGCUGGUAACAGAAUUGGCCCCAUUACGUUCGUUGUUGGAGUGCUUGAAAGAACCAGCCCUCCGACCAAGUUUUCCUGUGCCUUCUUUAUGCGAUUUUUCCAUUCAGAUUUGUGAUGGAAUGCAGUAUUUAGAAUCGAAAAGACUUAUUCAUAGACUUGCUGCCAGAAAUAUUCUUGUAUUUACCAAGAACAAAAUCAAAAUUUCUGACUUUGGGCUAUCCCGAGCCCUAGGUGUUGGCAAAGACUAUUACCAGACCAAUUUCAACGUUAACCUUAAGCUACCGAUAGCUUGGUGUGCCCCGGAAUGCAUUAACUAUUUGAAGUUUACUUCGGCCUCAGAUGUGUGGGCAUUCGGAGUUACUUUGUGGGAAAUGUUUAGUUAUGGUUUUCAACCGUGGGCUGCCCUAACUGGUCAGCAAAUUCUUGAAGCAAUCGACGAACCAAGCUACCAGCGUCUGGAGCCUCCAGAAUCGUGUCCCAAAGACUACUACAGCAUUAUGCUCAAGUGCUGGCAACAUGAACCUCAUAAUCGCCCAAGAUUUAUUGAUCUUAUGAGCCUUCUUCCGGAAUGCAAACCGGAACAAGUCCAAGCCAUCCAAGAUAGCCUAGAGGAUAUUUCCAAACCGCGAAGGGAUCAAUUACAAUUUCGAAUCGGAGACGUCUUAACAGUAUUGGACAAAAAGCCCAUGCCAGAAGUGGCGAAUUCGUGGAAGGGCGUCCUUAAUAACGGAAAAACCGGUUUGUUCAACCCUGCUCAUACGGUUUCUUAUUUGGGCAACAUUUUACCGUCAGUCAAACCCCAGUUUUCAAGAGGAGAUGGAAAAAAUGCAUAUUCUUCUAAGCGAAGACUUAGGACCGAUAUGAUCAGCUCCCCACAAGGAGAUCUGAAACACACGGGCCACGUAGGGCUGGAUGGGGCAUAUUUUGGUGACGUGGCAUUCCUUGGAGACAAAUAUCACCAGUUACCAAAACAAGUAGUUACACCGUACAAACCUCAAGAUGAUAUUCAAAACAUACCAAGUAACGGGAACAACCAUGGUGGAACAGACGUUCCGUUAACCCCUUCGCCAGGCCCAGCUUCGCCAAUGUGUGGUCCACCGUCCGCUUUUUCAAUAAAUAGCGCAUCAUCUGAUUUGUCUGAUAGAGCGCCAUUGCUGGCACGAUUUGGAGAUCGUGGACGAGCUGGACCAGCAGCAGAUCACAACUGGUCGGAUACUGCCAGUGAAAAAGACGGCAAUUCAGCGCCUCCUACACCAGGUUUCCUUGUUGCGGCUAACCAGAAAGCCCUACAGGGCAUUGCUCAGGUUCCGUCUGACGCGUUUCCUGGACCACAUGAGUACCACGAGAUCAGUGAUGAAGAAGCGGCUGAUAGCCCGGGCUUUGACCUCGGUCCAAGCUUGAUGGACGAAGUCUUGCGAGCUCUAGGAAGUGGAAGUGCUGCGCACAUGGCUAAUUCGCCCUACAGCGAUAAACAUUUUGAUUGGAAGGAAGAUCAGAGUAGUUUACCUGGCAGUCAACCGGAGAGUAAGCGUGGAACGCUAAAAGAUACAUUACGGAAAAAACAAGCACAUGUUAAGCCAAUAUCAGCUUCAGAUCAGAGAACGUUGGAUCAAGCUAUAGCUAUGGCUAAUGAACUUGCAACGCGUUCCAUGCUCGAAUUAGAUGCAAAAUCUAGCAGCGCCUAUGACGCUGUCGAUCAUGCCGUCUCAGGGCAUAUGGCGACCAUGUCUUUAGAUUCACCGCGGACUCCUUCAUCACCGAGCAAGCGCAAAUUCUCCUUCAAGUUUAGUGCAAAAACCAGCCCAAAACAUGAACGCCGUAACUUUGCGAAAGAGGCAGCAUCUAUCGCCGAUCUUCAGUCGAUUUUGACGGAGGAAUCAAAAUCGGCUUACAAUAUCCUGAUUGAAAAACCCGUUGCUGAUAUCCAUGUCGUCAGCCCGCAUGUUGCAGCAGCUCCAACGCCUCCCAGCGAACCGGAAGAUUCCAAUCCACUAAGGAUGUUACGUUCGGGUGGCUUGACGGUUGUCAGACCCAAAAUAAGAGGGAACAAACACCACUCGCAAUCUUCACGUGAUAGCCGUGAAUUAAAGGAUACAAUGGAAGGUAUUGCAUUCGCGAGCUUAGCAAGGGUUGAUCGAGGAAAGUUAGGUCCACCUCCAGUUUCCCCCAAGCCACGUCUUAAUAAACCUGCCCCUUUGGUAAUUGAAAAUUCUAACUUCAAUAAUUUUGCCCACUACCGUCCACCGGGAUACGAGGAGUCCAUGGCUCAGCCCAGUAACUCUUGGUUACGGGAGCAAGCGUGUGUGAAAAAAGAAGAAGGGGACGAUGGAGAAAAUAACCCGCUGCCUUUACCUCCACGUGAUCGCACUCGACCAACUGUGUCGAUCAAGCCUCGACAUCAACGAAAACAUCCUCUUAUCUAUCCAACGAAUUUACCCAAUCCUAACCGUUGGGGAGUGAACGGCGAGGAAAACUCCAAUCCAGAUUCGCCAUUAUCACCGCCGUUAACGGGUAGUAUGAGCUUGCCGCCGACAGAAGUGAACUUAUCGUCAUUGCCGCCUGCGAAACCUCCUCGAGCCGCUUGUAACCUAGAUGACAGCUACGACAGCCAGAUUGCCUCGGAAUUGGAAGCACUUGAUGAUAUGGAAGAAGAAACGAACCAGUCGGUUACAUCCUCAUCUUCGCUCUAUCAAAGCAAAGACCACGUUUCGUGUGAAGACUUGUUGGACUUUGCUUGUGAUCGUCCUAAUUCGAAACGAACUCGUGGACCUGCGCAAGGAACGGAUUCCGACGAGGUUCGCAUUAUGCAAAAGGUUUUAGGAAAAGAGAAAACCUCGCCAGAUGAAUGCCUUUCUGCAUUAGAUGAAACCGAGUGGGAUGUUCACAAAGCUAUUAAAUUAAUCAAGUUAUGUUCAUUAUUGUCGACAACACAUCCACAUCUGACAAGUCAUAGCCGUCUCCUUAAAGAAUCUCUAAAUCAGAACUGCUGGGACGUUGCACGCGCUGCUGCCCACCUUAUUUCACAGGCAGCCAACAGAGAAGAUUGUACUCGUGUUUAGCAAGUACUCGGCUCAAACCUCGCCGUUUAGCAGACAGAGCAGCUAGCAAGUGCGUAUUUCACCUCUCAUAUUCCUAUGUUAUCUCAAUAUCCUUUUUUUUCCCUUUUUUUCCCUCAUUGGAUAAUGGCCAAACAGUUUUUGUACAGACAUCCUAUAGAAAUGUGUUUGGUGUGUUUACCAAUACGCACCCUCUACGUACUCCUACGAGUGCCUUCAAUCCUUUAUCGGUAAUGGUUUUCGUCGUAUAUCACAUAUAAUCUAAACAUUGCUUGCUUGGCAAAUGUUAUGACCGAAUUGUCUAAAGUUUCUGCUUUUGCUUGGCUUUUCUAGUCUUUUUACGCGUAUUUGUGAGAGUUAUUUCCUUUCUAGAACCUCUCAUUGGAUUGGAAGAUUCCAUCCUUUGAUUGAUAUUAAGCAAGUUCAGUGCAUUUUCGUGAUCUGAAAUCCUCUGUUGUAACUUAAUAGUAAUAGAAAAUUGCCAAUAUAUGUGUUACUAUGG